AUGGCUGUUUAUGAUACCGUAACCACGAUUUUCGAGCCAGACCCGACUUGUUUUGAGCCUUCGAACUUAUGGCUUUCGUCUAUACCAUGUAGCACAGAGUAUCCUGCCUUCGAAUCAAAACCUGACAUCACAUUGACUUCUCUCACUUGUCCCAUUACCUUGCUCGGACCUCCACGUACCAUUGGUAUCGAUGACUAUUCAUGCUAUCCCUACAACAUCUAUACGACUGGGGGAACCGCAUGGAGUGACUGUCCUAUGAGCAUGACUCCAGCGAUGGAGACGACCAGCGAAUGGCCGAAUGGGAUCAAGGUCGCAGAGACUUGGUGUUGCCCCUCAGCAUACGAAUUCUCUUCAAACUUCAAUCCAAUUCCACUGACUGUCUCGGGUUCAACCUAUUCUGUGAAGCUAUACCCCGAGUAUGCCUGUCGUGCAACCGCUGUUGAAGCACUUUCCGACCAAACAGUGACCCUCACAGUAUCAACAGCACCUCUCAUUACCACCGAAGUGUCGUGGAACGACGUUAGCAUGAUCCAUGCAGAAGCAGCAAGGAUUGGCAGGUACAUCUACGAAGCCUCAGGGACGACAUCUGAGUGUUUCAAUAGAUGUCCUUCUCUUUCUAACCCUCUCGUACUGCCAACUCCCACGCCAACGCCAACUCCAGUGCCAACAAACUCAUAUAUCCCGCCUCCCUCGCACGCAACCACCCAAUUCACUCCCGCUCCAUCAUGCCUGAGUGAAUCCAACCUGUGGCUUGUCUCCACCAGCUGCCAGCUUCUGGAGGACCGCCAAAUCAUGACACCUCCUUGGCUCAAAUGCACCAUAGCAGAGUUUGGCGAGCCGGACGUAUACAACGAAGCAUGCUACAAGAGCGGCUCGGCCACGGCAGGUGACGAUGGGACGACGUCUUUCUACGCGGGCUGCCCAGUAGGAUAUACUACCGCCUCAGAGUCCACAUAUCGCCCGUUCGACAGCACACGAUAUGGAAAAACCCCGCGGGCCACAAUGUCUUACGAUGUCGUCGCGAGCGUCGUGAUGUGCUGCCCAGAUGGAGACUACAGCUUCCAGUACAGCGACGUCCUGACAACCACGACCACGUAUGACUACAGACAACAUCUCGUGGACAUGUACCCAAUGCCCCUGUGUGUGGCCACAAGCGUAGAGACGCUUUCCGGCAAGGACGUCGAAUUGACUCUCACCGUGGACUCGCGGGUAUGGGACAAGAAAAGGAGGCAGGACGCGACGCCAGGUCCGGCAGUGACUACCCGGCCGUGGGACUACGAGAGCGCUCUACUAUUCGCUCAGGCGGCACACGCCUCAGUGACGUACGACAUCCACGGCCGCGGGCUCGACGAACAGGGGCUCAACGAUCGCAAGUUCAACAAGUGA